AAUUCUAAUAGUUGUUGGAGCUAUCUGUCAGCGACCUCCCGACCCGAUUCCCCCCCAAGUCCCAACCAUUGCCAGAGAAUACCAACGGACCAAACCCCCAAACGCCGACAACGAGAGAGAGUGAGAGAAGUGUGUCUCAUUCAAAAUGGCGUCGCCGUGAAAGGCCAUGGCUUCCCCGGAGCCGUGGAGCUUGGAUCCAGCUCGCCGAUCUCCAGCUUCCUCUCCUUCUUCUAUAAAAGGCCACACAGCUUCCGAUUUCCCGAGAAGCAGCGGCAAUCGGGAGAGCGAAAGCAGCUCCAGGAUGACCGUCGACGGCCUCAUCCGGACGGCCAGUACCUCCACUCCGCCGUCGGAGUCCACUCCCCUGGGCACGCAGGUCACCCGCGCUGACCCCCCGGCGGCUCCCCGGAGGACCGUCGACGACGUGUGGAGGGAGAUAGUGUCAGGCGAGAGGAGGGUGUGCAAGGAGGAAGUGCCGGACGAGGAGAUGAUGACGCUGGAGGAUUUUCUGGUGAGGGCCGGGGCGUCCGUCGGGGAGGACGAGGAGGUGGAGGUGAAGGAUGUUAGGGUGGUGCAGCCGCUGCCACCUCAGCCUCCUGCUCACCAGCUGAGCGGCAGCAUGUUCGCGAUCGAGCCGAAGGUGGAACCUUCCAUGAUCGGGUUCGGGAAUGGGGCCGAGGUGAUUGGAGGGGGAGGUAGUGGGCUGAGAGGGAAGCGAGGGCCGCCUCUGCUGGAGCCGUUGGACAGGGCGGCGCAGCAGAGGCAGCGGAGGAUGAUCAAGAACAGAGAAUCUGCGGCCAGGUCUAGGGAGAGGAAGCAGGCAUACCAGAUAGAAUUGGAAGCAUUGGCUGUAAAACUCGAAGAGGAGAAUGAGCUGCUGUUGAAGGAGAAGGCUGAGAGGACAAGAGAAAGGCGCAAGCAGCUCAUGGAGAGAGUGGUCCCCAUUGUUGAGAAGCCAAAAUCAGCUCGUGCUUUACGAAGAGUUCGGUCCAUGCAGUGGUAAAUCAUCAAGAUGGAUGCUUAUGCCUGGAAAGUGGAGCAUAUCUGCUCAGCGUCAUCCCUACAACAAGGUUAGGCUAGAUAGUAUGUAGUUGAUAGAGUAGAGAAGUAAUUUUCCACAAGGACGUGGGGAAUUGCCCAGCGAAGAAAUUUGUUAUAUUCCUACCAGAGGAAUUAUCGAUGUAGCUCUCAACACUACCGCUACUUCCCCCAACAGGACCAAUUGAUUCCUUUGUAAUUUAACAGCGGGGAUCGGAGAAAUUUGUAUAGAUAUGAAAGAUUCAGGAGUCGAUGAGUGUAUAUCAAUGAGAAAGUUGCUAUUU